CGUGGAUCGCUCUUGCGAGUGUCGUUGUACUUGAGGAACAGCGCCGACACCAGCUGGUUGCUGGCUGUGAGGAUGUUGGCGAUCUGGGCGGCAGCGACAGACUUCCCCACUCCAGCAACAGCAUUGACCCACAGGACAGUGUCGGUGGUGUCCUGGUUGACCCAGUCGGUUGUUUGGUCGAACAGCCACUGGCGGGUGCCCUCGACAUACAGAUCCUCGAGUGCUCGUCUGUCGGAAGUGGAAUCGAUCGGAUCGAGGAGGGAUCGCAGGAGCGUGGUAUGUCUCGUUGGCAGUGAGGAC